AGAGGCUUAUUUAACAGAACCUGCGAGGCGACCCAGCUGCAGUCAGCAGAACGGGACUAUCUAUGAACCAUCAGCAUUAUUCACGGUCUUUACUCACUCAUUAAUAAAUCGUAGGUAGCACUAUCAUGGCAUUCGUAGUAUUCGUCGCGGUGUCUUUCGCUCACGUCCUCUUCACGGUCGGCGUGGUGUGCAGGCCCCUGGCGGACGCGGGCCCCUACCUGGAGCACGGCUGGGGCCAGGUGGUCCGGCUGAGGCACCUGUACGCCGCCCGCCGCGGCCUCCACCUGCUGAUCAGCGGGGAUGGGAGGGUGGGGGGCUCCACCGAGCAGACCCCCAACAGCCUCAUGGAGAUCCGGCCGGUGGACAGAGGAUGUGUCGUCAUAAAGGGAAUCGCUGCCUCUCACUUUCUCUGCAUCGUCCAUAAUGGGAGACUAUACUCAUCGCUGGUGUUCAUCAGGGACGACUGCACCUUCCGGGAGCAGAUCCUCCCAGACGGGUACAACGUCUACACCUCGGCCACGCACCACGCCCUGCUCAGCCUGGGGGGGCCCCGGGGCCCCGAGGGGGGCCUGCCCGCCCAGGCCCAGUUCCUCCCCAUGGUGAGCGCCCUGGAGCCGGGGCCCGUGGGGGGGCCGGGAGGGCCGGAGCCCAGGAGCCGGCCCCCGGAGCUGGAGCCAGUGGACCACCUGGAGGCCCUGGGGGCCCUCCCCCAGCUCAUCCACAGCCCUAGCUUCCAGAGGAGGUGACCCCCGCCAGGAGGUGACCCCCGCCAGGAGGUGACCCCCGCCAGGAGGUCCCAGGUGGGACGCCGUUCACUGGGUCGAGGGUCCGCCCGGCAGCAGCCACUGCUCUGGGCGGCGGACGUGCAGAACGGGCUCCCAGGGAUGGACGCCACGAUAUCAUCAUGGGUCAGGGGUCAGGGAGAUGGACGCCUGGAGUGUAGCGCCACCUGCUGCCCUGAGGGACUCCUGCCCCCCGGUCCAUCAGGGUCUACUGCCCCACAGUCCGUUAGGACCUACUGCCCCCCAUACUGCCCCCCGGUCCGUUGAGAACCAGGGGCAGACGACCGGAGACCAACGACGCCGUGGGGACGGACGGACGGACGGACGGUUCACCUUCCUCUGGCAAGAAACGACUGGGAAUAAAAAUGACUUCACUCCUGGCUACAGAGGUGUGUGUGUGUGUGUGUCGGUGCCAUAGACAGACGGCCUGUCAGGCCCUGUGAUUAAGGGCUACACGAAUGCAAUUGAUAUGAAUUGAAUUAGUUUAUACGAAACGUAACCCAAAUAGGAUGCGCUGUUGUGUUUAUUUAAAUCUAUGUUUACUAUGUAAAUGAUUGCGUAAUUGUGUCUGGGAGACUGUUUGUUUUCAGAUAAGCAUUAAUGUGUCCCAGCACAUUUGUAUUUUAUUAUUCGCCUAAGAUAUGAUAUGCAUAUUAUGUUAAUAAUACUAUAUACAUGUUAUGUAGGCUUUGUGUUAUUAUUUAUUUUAAUAUAAAUGUGUUUGUUAUACAGAUGCAUGUGCAUUCAUAUACAUGAAUAUGGACCGAGUUGUACUCAUUGUAGCCAAAGUGCAAGUUGUGUAACAAAUAUAUAAAAGACAACCAACGGCUCUUUCAGGUUAAUCUCCUUCUUGGCCGCUAAACGCCCCCCAGUUCAGUGUCGAUACGGACACGUGCUGCAUGGAUGCUGCUGCGAUCAGCUGAUAAAAGCGUGUGCAUGCCAACGCACAUUAACUGGUUUGACUUUUACAUCAAUAAACAGAACGGAUCUGUUUACAUCAGUGAACAGAUCCUUUUGAAUCCAGAACCAAAAGGAUCUGGAUCCAAACACACUCUCUCCAACAUGUGAGGCCCCUGUGCAACAAGCUGUCGUAAAGGUUAACGUCAGUGCUUCUCCCUAGUGGCGGAAACUAUUAUUUUUAAAUUUACCCAUUAUUUACCCAUGUUUAUCAUGUUAUCAGUCCUGGAAACGACCAUGAAGCUAUAGAUUUUAUUUUAUUUCAUACAUCAAUCAGUCCAUAUAGUGGUUUUUAGAAUGAUGCUCAUAACACUAAUUAUGCUAUCAGAAGUCACCAUCAAGCUGAAUAAUAAUAAUAAAUUCCUCUCUGGUAAA